CGAUGAUCGCGGCCGUGGCGUUGGGACUGCUUCAAGCGGCUGCGGCGAUGGCGGCGGCGGCCGUUCCCGGCGAGUUCCGGUUGACCGUCUUGCACACCAACGACUUGCACUCGAACUACGACGAGACUUGCCGCGACCACGCCGACCGCGGCGGCCCGUGCGGCGCGGCCGGCGGCUACGGCGGUUUCGCCCGGUUGCGCGGCGCGCUGGACGCCGAACGGGCCGGGGUGGCCGCGGACGGCGCCCCGUCGUCGGCCGUCGUCCACCUGUACGCCGGUGACACGUUCCAGGGCACGCGGUUCUACGACGUGCUCGGCUGGCAGCCGGCCGCCGAACUGGUCGGCGAUCUCGGCGUGGACGCCAUGUGUUUGGGAAACCACGAGUUCGAAGACGGUCCUGAAGUUCUGGCGCUGUUCCUCAAGUCCAAGAACAUAAGUUCCAUACCGAUAGUCGUGGCGAACAUCAACACCGAAGGGGAACCGAGCUUAACGAACAUUCGGCCGUCCACGGUCCUGGAGGUCGGAGGGCACACCGUAGGCGUGAUCGGUUACCUGACACCGGACACGGAAUUUCUAAACCAAGUGGGCAGAGUCCGGAUAACCGACGAAGUUCAGAGCGUCAGAGCUGAAGUGGCCAAGUUGAAAAACGCCGGGGUGGAGUUCAUAAUAGCGCUGGGGCAUUCGGGCCUCGAAAUGGACAGGCGGGUGGCCAGAGAAGUGGACGGCGUGGACGCAGUCGUCGGAGGGCAUUCGCAUUCGUAUCUGAACAGCGGACUCCCGCAGGACGACGAAAUGCCUGUGGGGCCAUACCCCGUGAUCGAAAAAAGAGGAGAACAAAUCGUGCCAGUGGUGCAAGCCUAUGCUUUCACCAAAUACUUGGGCAAAUUGGUUUUGACUUUUGACGGUAAAAAUCGUUUGGUCAGUGCCGUGGGCGGACCAAUUUUAUUGGACCAAACCGUUCCUCAGGACGCAAAAAUGUUGGCAAAGGUCGAAUACUACAAACAACUGUUGGCGAAACAAUCUGUCGACAAAGCCGUCGGAAAAACGCUAGUAUUUUUGGACGGCAACUGUAAGUGUGAGGAGACCAAUUUGGCCAAUUUGAUCGCCGAUUCAUUUAUACGGGAGAAUUUGAACGACUUAUUGAAAAACAACGUGACCUUAAGUGGCUGGACCGAUGCCGCUGUAGCAAUUAUUCUGAGUAGUGGUAUUCAUCAUUCAAUAGAUGCUUUAAAAACACAAGGCGUUAUAUAUGAAGAUGACAUUCAUCAAACGUUGCCGUACAGAACUCCUCUGUGUAAAGUGACCAUUACUGGAGCGACACUGUUGAAAUCACUAGAGCACAGUGCAUCCAUGUAUGAUUACAGAAACUGUUCGAAUCCGGAAAAUAAGGUGUUCGGAGGUUUCAUGCAUAUGUCAGGAAUGUACGUCACAUACGACAAGAAAAAGGCCGUUGGAUCGAGGGUAAAGUCUGCGAUGAUACGGUGCUCGGAAUGUAAGUUGCCGUCGUACGAGCCCAUCGAUCCGGGAAAAAAGUACACGGUAAUCAUGACCAAGUACAUGGCACGCGGUGGUGAUCGGUACGAAAUGAUCAGGGACGAACUAAUUAGCAUUAAUUGUUCAAAUGUCUCAGAGACAGACGCUUUAUUAUCGUAUGUCAAAGAUGUCGGAUUGAUUUACCCUGGAGUAGAUAACAGGAUCAAAAUACUAGAUCAAUAACGAAAAUAAUCGUAAUACAUAAUAUCAUAAUAAAUAAUAAUAUCAUUAUCGAGUAGCUAGGUAGUCAAUUUAUAGUGUCGACUUCGAGUUUCUUUGGUUUGUUAAAUAUUCACAGUACACACUUUGUUUCAAAUUUUUGUCGGUAAAUAAAAUUACAAUGUUUAACACAAAA